UGGUGGGCCCCGCCCCGGCAGCUCGCUAGCUCGCUCAGUCCAUCCAGCCUGCCGAAGAGAAGGCGACUGCACGGCUAAUAAUAUCCCCCAAAAAAGCCAACACAAGAUGGCCGGUUUGCCUCGUAGGAUUGUCAAGACCUUGACUGGAAUCUUCUGUCACGCUGCUGUUUGCUGUCAAGCUGGUGGCCAACGCUAGCCGUUGGUGCCUUACCAAGAGCACGGUGUUACAAAGAUAAUGCAGAUAAAUGCAAAUAAGUGUGUUUUUCAACAAAUAGUUUAUAUUGUGUUCUACAGGAAACAAUGUUAGUAGGAGUCUUCAUAAAUGGAGACGCUGCGGCUGAUGCAAGAGCCCGUACCCGGCAUCACGGCGACGCCUGACGAAGGCAACGCGCGCUACUUCCACGUAUACAUCGGGGGACCCAAAGACUCUCCGUUUGAAGGAGGCACUUUUAAACUUGAACUAUUUCUCCCAGAGGAGUACCCCAUGGCAGCCCCCAAAGUGCGAUUCAUGACCAGAAUUUACCACCCGAACGUCGACCGACUGGGGAGAAUAUGUUUAGACAUUUUGAAAGAGAAGUGGUCUCCGGCCCUGCAAAUCCGCACCGUGUUGCUCUCCAUCCAGGCAUUAUUAAGCGCUCCCAAUCCCGACGACCCCCUGGCAAACGAUGUCGCUGAGCAGUGGAAGAAGAGCGAAAGCACCGCCAUAGAGACAGCCCGAACAUGGACCAAGCUGUACGCAAACUCCAACAACGAGCGUCACAGUAGCAGCACUGGCGUCUGAAUGUGAUCCGCGAUGUGUACUCCAUUACUGUCAAUGUUUGAAUUUGACAGACAAAAUCAGAUUAUAAAUCCACAUCUAUUUGAAAGAAAUCUACUGUUGCAGACCUUUGGGGUGACUUUUUUUGUUUUCCUUUUUAAGAUGUGUUUAAUGGUUGUGAGCCUUUUUUUCCCCCCUCUCCCUUUCCACGCUUCCCCUGUGUUGCUAUUUAAAUGCAUGGACAGAGAAUGACACCCUCCUCACUACAGUCUUAAGACGAAUAAUGUGUUCAUAUACAGUAUCAUGGAAGAGCCAGGCGCACACUGGUAUGAAAUCCUCAUGCAUUAAAGCUGUCCUACUUUUAAUACAUGCA